AUGGUUACCCUGCAGCGCCUGCUCAUUAGAUGGUCCUUGGUUGUGUCGGGAGGCUCAGAAGGGUUUGGAGGUUCUGCGGGAGGCUCCACAGGGUCAGGCAGGAGCAGAAGGGGGCUGCGGCCAGUGCCCCCACCAGGGGGCUCUGCGUCCGCUCCGCGCUGCGCCUGGGGCCCGUGGGCUGCGGCAGGGGCUGGGCCGGAGGGCAGCACCUUCCCCGCCAGAGGGGCUGGGCGCGAGCCUCCGCUGACUGACGCUGCCUCGGGGCCACCAGCGCAGCGUCGUCUCUGUGCCUCCGGGGUCCCCAGCCCUCCGCCCCCGGGACGGCGGCGUGUGAGCUGCCCCUUCCCGUCGCGGCUAGGGCGGCGGCGCGGGCUGCUGCGGUCGCGCGCCCGGCUCUCCGGAGCCCGGCAGCCCGGGUUCAAGUCCUGCCCUCGGCUUGCUGUGGGCUCGGCCCCUCCCGGAACGUCUCUGAGCCGCGCCCCCUCAUUUGCCGCACGGAGACCGCGUCGCACCCGCCUGCAGGGGUUCUGGGGCGUCAGCGGGGCCACCUCCCGGGGCCGGCGCGCCUCACCGCCGGGGCGCCCUCCCUGCUCUACCCGCGGGCCCUUCCGUGGCGUCCCUGCGACGCCUCUGCCCGCGGCUGGGGUUCUGCGUCCGCGCCGGCCUCUCGGGUGCUCGCGGAGCCGCCCGGCCCCGGCCAUCGGGUGUGUGCGCAGCUUUUCCACCAGCACGCGUCUCCGUGUCAAAUUUUAUACAGAUCCCGUGGAAGCUGUAAAAGACAUCUCUGAUGAGGCAACAGUCCUGGUCGGUGGGUUCGGGCUGUGUGGAAUCCCAGAGAACCUGAUCGGGGCUUUACUGGAGACCUGAGUGAAAGGGCUCACCAUUGUCAGCAAUACGGUCGAGGUUGAGGACUUCGGGCUGGGCCUUUUACUGCAAACCAAGCAGAUUAAACGCAUCGUCUGUUCGUAUGUGGGGGGAAAUCCACUCUGCGAGCAGCAGUACUUAGCUGGUGAGCUGGAAUUGGGCCUGACACCGCAGGGCACCUUGGCAGAGAAAAUCCGCGCAGGUGGGGCUGGCGUGCCAGCCUUUCACACCAGCACGGGGUAUGGGACCCUGGUUCAUGAGGGAGGGGCACCCAUCAAAUACUGCCAAGACGGGCACUUGGCCAUCAUCAGUAAGCCCAGAGAGGUGCGAGAGUUUCAUGGCCGCCGUUUUCUUUUGGAGGAAUCAAUUACAGGAGAUUUUGCUUUGGUGAAAGGGUGGAAGGUGGACCGUGCAGGAAACAUUACCUUCAGGAAAAGCGCAAUACCGCUGGUAGAUGUUGGAGAAAUUGUGGAUGUUGGAUCAUUUCGCCCAGAAGACAUCCGUAUUCCUAGUAAUUAUGUAGAUCGCCUGAUAAAGGGAAAACAUAAUGAGAAGAGAAUUGAGCGUUUAACAAUCCAGGAAGAUGAAGAUGAAAAACCCAAAGAUAAUAAAAGGACACGAAUCAUCAAACGUGCGGCUCUUGAAUUUGAGGAUGGCAUGUAUGCUAAUUUGGGCAUAGGAAUCCCUCUCCUGGCCAGCAACUUUAUCAGCCCAAAUAUAACUGUUCAUCUUCACAGUGAAAAUGGGGUCCUGGGCUUGGGUCCCUUUCCAUUGAAAGAUGAGGAGGAUGCAGAUCUCAUCAGUGCGGGCAAGCAAACAGUCACUGUUAUUCCCGGGGCCUCCUUUUUUGCCAGCGAUGAGUCGUUUGCCAUGGUUAGAGGGGGGCACCUCCAUCUAACAAUGCUGGGGGCCAUGCAGGUGUCCAAAUAUGGUGACCUGGCCAGCUGGAUGAUUCCCGGAAAGAAGGUGAAAGGAAUGGGAGGUGCCAUGGAUUUAGUAUCCAGUCCCAAAACCAAAGUGGUAGUCACCAUGGAGCAUUCUACCAAGGCAAAUGAACACAAACUUGCGGACAAACGCGCAAUGCCACUGUCUGGGAGGCGAUGUGUGAGCCGCAUCAUCACUGAAAAGGCCGUGUUUGACGUGGACCAUGAGAGGCUGACGCUGAUCGAACUCUGGGAAGACCUGACGGUGGAGGACAUCAGAAGGUGCACGGGGUGUGCCUUCGCUGUGUCCCCGAAUCUCAGGCCAACGCAGCAAGUUGCAACUUAAAGUGUGACAUAAAGCUUUGUCACUGGAAUGUGUUUUUCAUUUUAUCACCAUAAGAUUUAAUGGAGAGGAAGUCAGGAAUCACGUUUAUACAUUUCACAAGCAGUUUCACUAGUUUUCUCCUGGCAUCUCAGACUUUCUACAGCUGGAAUGACUGUUCUCUGAAGAGGGAUAUGACUUUCAUUAAAUAGAAGGCAAAAUAGGAGCUUAUCUUAUAUGUUCUGUAAGUGCUGAGAAAGCGCUCUGCUACCAUCAGUACGGACACUGGAUGCCCUUUCCACUUUCUGUGAUAUUUACAUUAAAUUAUAUGGAGUUUUAGAUGAUUGUAUAGAAAGGAUUUCACUGAUACGCUUUCCCUCAUGAUUGAAUCAUGAAAUGCAGAAAAAUAUGAUGAGGGAGAAAAUGACUCCACCCAGAGUAUAUCUAAGGAACCAUUUCACUAGUACCAAGGAAAAUAUGGGAACAUAUAUACAAAUUUGGCCCUGUCUGACUUUCCUUUUCAUUUUGUUGCAAUAAUCUCCACCCACACAUUCAUUUUGUUGUUUAAUUUUGUUUCCUUGUAGCUCACCUGCUUCCCCCACACUUCUCCCUGUAGCUAAAUAGAUGUCCCUAGAAUGAAAGCAAGACCCUUUCAGUGGGACAAUCAACUGGCUGAUGGGAGAGGCAGGAGACAGUGCUGAUAUCCCACCAGGAAGUUUCCUCUAUAAAUAAACAAAACACCUCUGCUGUGUCAAAGCUGUGGCUUGUACAGCAGGAACACUAGAUCUAAGUGAUGAAGUUAGAUGAUCUUAAAUCAUAGUGUGCCUGUGUUAUCCAGACCAGACAUCUCAAUCCUACCUCUGAAUUCAAGGCUCAAACUUGUCCCCUUGGGUAAUACUCCCCAGUUACCCAACAGUGGUCGAGAGAGAUUUUAUCCUGAGCCCAUAGACUCACAAAUUAAAAAAGAGAAAUCUGUUAAUAUAUAUGUAUAAAGUGCAGAAAGAGUCAAUGGCACCCAGAGCAGAAAGAAGGCUUGGGUUGAGAUGGGGGCAAUAUUUAGCCCCGGCACGGCUGGGGAGGGCAUAGGAAGCAGGGCUUGACCACCUGCCCUGGGAUAGUUGGGGACAAGGUAACUGCCAUGACAUUUUGGGCCCAGUUGGGGCAGGCUCAGAAAUGGGGUGAGGAGAAUGGGGAGCAGAUGCUAUAAUGCGUGCAGAAUUUUUAACUAGGUUUAAUUUAAAUUUUUGGAAAUGGAUAGAGGUGAUGGUAGCACAUUGUAGUGAUUAUAUUAACUACACUGAAUUAAGUGUG